GUUGCGGUCAAAAGAAAAGUUGCUUCCACGGCGCAAACAAACGACCCGCUCCAAGCCGAUUUUCUCCCAAUCCCAUCUAUUCAUUCCGCCUCCCACAAGUCCGACCCUACCGACCUACUUCGUACUAUCAUCUUCCUACACCAGCCAAAGCUACAGUAGGUACCUAAACACACAACCCCACGUCCUUGCAGCCAAUUGCCUACGGACCUAUCGAUUCUUUGCAGCUUUCCUCUCAUAGACAACGCCUCAUUCGGCACAGCCAGGUCAUUUCAAGCAAUAGGAACAAGAGACAAACAACAAAAAACAAAACAAAAAAAGAAGAAAACAUUCAAGAUAUCCCACAUAUUAUCGGUACAGCAGGCCCUGAGCCAAGCCCACCUAGGAACCCCAGAACGUCGGCACUGCCUGCAAGGCUUGCAACCCUGCAACGUGUAGCAGACACAUCAUAUCAAUCAUCCUGUACGAUCUGGCAGUCCAAGGAAUUUACAAGAAGCCCGCUCCCGCCUGCAGCUAGCCAAAAUGUCGGACUCACCCCAAUCCAAUCCCAAGGAGAUCGAAGGAGCACACACUCCCGACGAGGAAGCACAGAUGAACGAUCCUCAGGACCCACAGUCUGCCGGCCUCGGCUACGAGUUUGAGGUCAAGGAGCAAGAUCGUUGGCUGCCAAUUGCAAAUGUGGCCCGUAUUAUGAAAAAUGCACUGCCUGACAAUGCAAAGAUUGCAAAAGAGGCCAAGGAAUGCAUGCAAGAAUGUGUCAGCGAGUUUAUCUCGUUUAUUACAAGUGAAGCCUCCGAGAAAUGUCACCAAGAGAAGCGAAAGACGGUGAAUGGAGAGGAUAUCUUGUUCGCAAUGACGUCUCUCGGCUUUGAGAACUACAGUGAGGCUUUGAAGAUCUAUCUUGCCAAGUACCGUGAGCAGAACCAAUCAACACGCGGCGAGGGCCAGCAAAACAGACCUAGUAGUCAAGGCUAUGGCGCGCCGCCUGGCGCCGCACCUGGGACCAACGCUACAGCAGGUUUUCCCGGCGGAGAGCUCGGGCAACAGGGAACCGAAGCUCCUGGAGAUGCCUCCGGAUAUCUCUACAGCACACAACCUGGACACAAUGGUGCCACCGCGGGUGAAUACUGACCAGCAUAAACUACGCCGGGUGCGUUCAGGCCACCAAGUGCCAUGCCAAUUUGCGGCUGAGAAGAGUUUUGUGCGCGGCGACGCAUCAAUGUACAUGAACCCUGUUUGCUGAUGGGCUUAUGGGAAGGGAUGGAUGGGAGUAGGUGUCAUUUUGGGGUUUUGGUUCUUUUUUUAUUCUUGACUUGACGUUACUAUACUUGAUAGAUUCCCCACAAAGGCGAUCACUAUAAUUCUCGCGA